AUGGGGUUGCUGUCCAUAAUCCGUAAAACAAAGCGGAAGGAACGUGAAAUGCGCAUCCUGAUGCUUGGCCUGGAUAACGCAGGGAAGACGACGUGUAUUAAGAAAUUUUGCGGAAAGGACACAAGCUCUAUUAGUCCCACGCUUGGGUUUCAGAUCACCGCCUUCUCUCUUCAUGGCUGUACGCUGAACAUAUGGGACGUUGGAGGCCAGCAAUCGUUGCGAAGCUACUGGAGAAAUUAUUUUGAGAGUACAGACGGCUUGAUUUGGGUGGUGGAUAGCAACGAUUUGGCACGGCUGGAGGACUGCAGGAAGGAGCUUCAUGCCCUCUUACAAGAGGAGCGGUUAGCCGGUGCAAGCCUAUUGGUAUUUUUAAAUAAGCAGGACUUACCUGCGGCACUAUCUCCAGUAAACAUUGCACAACAUUUAGACAUUGACACGAUUAAAAAGGGGAAGCGGCACGUUCAGCUGUGCGCAUGCAGUGCAAAGACGGGUGAUGGAUUACUAGAAGGGAUGGAGUGGAUCGUGCGAGACGUUUCCAGUAGAAUGUACUUUGCGAGCUGA